AUGGAUCACCAUCAGCAGCAGCAGCAGCAACAGUUCUGCUUGCGGUGGAAUAACCAUCAGAACACGUUGAUUUCGGUGUUCGACAGCCUGCUGGAGAGCGGAUCACUGGUGGACUGCGCCCUGGCCGCCGAGGGACAGUGCAUGAACGCGCACAAAGUCGUCCUGUCCGCCUGCAGCCCCUAUUUCGCGAUGCUGUUAAAUCAACAUUUUGACAAAUAUCCGGUGCUUAUACUUAAAGAUGUAACAUAUCAAGAAUUACGGUCUAUGAUGGACUAUAUGUACCGCGGUGAAGUGAACAUUACCCAAGAACAACUUGGCUCAUUCCUGAAAGCAGCUGAAUCGUUGCAAAUUAAAGGACUGACUGAAAGUAGUGGUCGAUCUGAUCGAAAAUUAGAUUCUCGAAAAAAUGCAACCAGAAAUAUUUCACCUGGUCUACCAAAAAAGUCUGUUACACCUAAAGUUACUGAUGGUGCUUUUGAUCCAUCCAUGACUGUCCCACCACCACUGCCACCCCCAACACUUAUUGCACCUCCUAUACCAAAUAUAAAACGACGUAAAUUAGUACAACCAGUGAAGAACUUUAGUAGUCUUGUUGUGUCACCAGUUAAUCCGAGUCGUACUAAUGCUAAUAGUUUAGAUGUUAACAAUACACCAAAUCCCACUGCACCCAGUUUAGCUGGCGAAGGCAAGGCGAACAUACCAUCUCCUCCAGUCAUUCCUAAACCUGUGGUGGAAUCUGCAAAUAUUCAAGCCGACGAAGAUAAUCCAGAGAAAAAGUCCGAAGUCAAUGGUUUAAUAGUUGAAGAUAAAGAAGAAAAGUACUGGCCUUCUAGUGGCUCGAUAAGCGAUAUUAAACUUGAGAAAACUGAUACAGAAGAAGAAGCUAGUGAAAGUGAAAAUAAUCUUCAUAAUGAUAUGUGUACGACAAGCGCAACUGCCAAGUUAGACUUAUCAUCCUCACAAAUCAGCAUGACAAAUUUUCGGCCUGAAGAAGGCAUGGAACUUACUGAAUACGGAGGCAUGAACAUACCACCAAACAUGCAGGAUCAAGGUUCUUUAUGGUGGAAAAACUUUGAACAAAACUCCAAAUAUGUGCGUACAACUCAAGCAAAUCCAUUCAGUUGUCAGCAUUGCGGCAAGAGGUACCGAUGGAAGAGUACAUUGAAACGUCAUGAAGUAUUUGAAUGUGGAGGGAAAGAGCCAGUUCAUCGUUGUCCUCAUUGUGAAUAUCGCGCCAAACAGAGUGGUAAUCUAAGGGUGCACAUACGCAAGUACCACACUGCGUUAGAGUAA